UGUACAAGUAUUUGGUAAAUGACUUACUAUAAGUAAAUGUAAAGUAAGUUCAAUUCUGGUAAAAGAGUUAGUACACAGGAUCACUCAUGAAAGGUGCAACAAAUUUCAAAAAGAAGACCCCAAACUCUAGUGCUUUCAAAUAUUUGACUAUUCUUAUGCUCUUGAAGAAGAAUUGUCAACUAUUUGAAACUGUUCAAGUUUUUGAGCUUUUUUUUUAAAUUCAUUAUUAACUAAAUUCAGUUGGGUUAUAAUUUGGAUCACACAAUUAAUAUAGAUGGGGACUGACUGAAGAAAAGGAUCUCGGUCCUUGGGCAUAUUGGGGGAUAUGUCACUCUGUUGCUAGUAGUAAACCUAAUAGAAUUUUUCGAAAUACAGACAUUGAUUAAUAGUAAGAAGAGAUAACUAUCUCUAUAAAAAUCACUAGUUAGGCUUCGCUUGGAAUACUAUGUAGAGUUUUGUCUUAUUUAAGAAGAGGUAUUGACUUACUGGGAAAGACUCAGAGAUGGGCUACUAGAUAAUUUUGGGGAUGGAAGGGUUAUCUUACUGAGAUAGACUAAAAUCUUUUAAGCUAUUUCCUCUUGAGAAAAGAAGAGUAAGAGGUGAUUUUAUCAAAGUUCACAGUACUAUACAGGGAAUGAUAAAAUAAAGGCCUCUGAUUUCUUUGUGCUGUAUUCUGAAGACAACAGUGCAAGAGGACAAAAGUUUAAGGAGAAACAUCUCGAAUGAACUUGUUCCAGUCCAUCACUAAUGCUCUGGAUAUUGCCUUAUCAUCAGACACUACAGCAGUUGUGUUUGGAGAAGAUGUUGCAUUUGGGGGUGUAUUUCGAUGUACUGUAGGAUUACAGGAUAAAUAUGGCAAAGAUCGGGUGUUCAACACUCCACUGUGUGAACAGGGAAUUGCCGGAUUUGGCAUUGGAAUGGCAACUGCUGGAGCUACAGCAGUUGCUGAAAUCCAGUUUGCUGACUAUAUUUUUCCUGCCUUUGAUCAGUUGGUGAAUGAGGCAGCGAAAUUUAGGUAUCGAUCAGGAGGAAUGUUUGAUUGUGGAUCCUUGACAGUCAGAGCUCCAUGUGGAGCUGUUGGUCAUGGAGCACUCUAUCAUUCACAAAGCCCAGAAGCCUUCUUUACUCACUGUCCAGGAUUAAAGGUAGUAAUUCCAAGAGGCCCCAUACAAGCUAAAGGACUCUUGCUUAGUUGCAUUCGAGACAAAAACCCAUGCAUCUUCUUUGAACCUAAAAUUUUGUAUCGAUUGGCUGUGGAACAGGUUCCAUUAAAAGACUAUGAAAUUCCACUUGGUAAAGCUGAAGUUAUUCAAGAAGGUGAUCAUGUAACCCUCGUUGGCUGGGGAACACAAGUUCAUGUUUUGAAAGAAGUUUGCCAGCUAGCCCAGGAUAAGCUGAAUGUUUCAUGUGAAUUGAUAGACUUGGUGUCCAUUUUACCUUGGGAUAAAGACACCAUUGCCAAGUCUGUCACGAAGACAGGACGACUUCUCAUUGCUCACGAGGCUCCUCUGACUUCUGGAUUUGGUGCAGAAAUUGCUGCUUCUAUUCAGAAUGAAUGUUUCCUACAUUUAGAGGCACCUAUCCAGAGAGUGACAGGCUACGAUACCCCAUUUCCUCAUAUCUUUGAACCUUUUUAUAUCCCAGAUAAAUGGAGAUGCCUUGAAGCUGUAAAGAAGCUUAUCAACUACUGAAUUGUUUUUUUUUUUAUUAGAAAACUUUGAUAGACCAUGUAAAGUUAAUUAGUUGGGUUAUAAGGGGUGGUUUUGUAACAUGCUGGUGAACAUUUUUGUUCUUCCUUUUCCAAUUAGUGACAAGAAUAAUAAAUGCUGACCAGAGAGUAAGCUGGGAGUUUAAAACAACAACAAAAAUUUUUCCUUGUUUAAUGGUCCAUGAAUAUAUCAGUUUUCCAGAUGACCCUAGUAAACAAUCGCCUAGUAACUUACCUGAUAAACAUUUAUAAAAAGCUUGGUUCGUCGAGUGAUUUUUAAAGGUUUUUAAAACAAUUUCUGUCUAAGACACAAUUUUUUAAUAUGGUUUAUCUACACCAUUGGAUAUGGUAGAUAUCCUAUGCUUGACAUCUUAUUACAUAUUCUUCUUUGCUUCCUCUCAUACGCUCUUAGAAUUUAUAUGGAAAAAAUAGACUGAGCUUUUUUACUAUCCUGUUAUUGUAGUAGCAACAAUUACAAGAACAAAAAAAAAUGUUGUUUACAUUUAAUAAAUAAACUUAAGUAUUUUUCCAAAGUUAUAUAAGUUAGAUAUGUAAAGACACAUCUAUUGCUUUGUCAUUACCUGUAAAGUAAUUAUUGAUUUCUCAGAGUUAUGUAAAGUUAUUGUACAAAACGUUUGAAAUAAAAGAUAAAUAGUAUGUAAAGAUUUAUUUGUUGAAAUACUUUGCUGGUAAUGUUGUUCCAAGGAGUUCAAUUAGUGUCUGAACAUUUGCCCAAUAUACUUUUUCUAGUUUUUAAAUCAUAUAUAUUAAAUGUUUUCUUUACUUUAGUUGCAAUAGAGUCUUCAGUUAUACAGUUAUUAAUUUUCUAAAUGUAUAGAAAAUGGUUUGAGGAUUGUGUUAUAGUCAGUAAGAAAUAUAAAAAGAAAUAAAGACAUGUUUUAUCUUA